CCCGUUCCAACUUCCAACAAAUAGGGGGCGAGGACAGCACUGAAAAACCCACAACCACACACUGCGUUUGCGAAGCCUUCAGCCCAAAAACACUCAGUCCCACCAAAACCAGAGGGAAUUCCCGUGUCCCAGCCGUAAAAAAUCAUUAAAAAAAAAUAAAAAAUACCAUCACAGCCACCACUUCUUCUCUCCUAGCCGUCAUUACACCAGCAACAGCAGCGAACUCCAACGGUUUGCCAAUAAAACUUAAACCGGUUGACCGGUGUCAGAAGAGUUACACUUACACCCCUAGCCAUAGAAAAACCGAAGCGGUGAGCAGUAAAAGACUCCACCGAGAGCAGCAGUUGCACCGCCUCUGUUGCAGCCGUGAGCAGCAUUUGAUUCAGUUGUGACCAAGUAAAAGAGGCUUCAAGUCUCAGCAGCCUUAUUUCUUUGUUUUCUCAUUGAAACAACUGUGAGCAUCAGCCUUGCUCCAGCCGCGAGCCUUUGUUUCUAUUCUAACCAAGAAUAUUGCUAGAAUAGAGCAGAUGUUGGUCUCUCUCCCUGUACUUUCAGCCAUGCUUCUCGUGAUCUCCAUUUUAUGGACAUGGAUGAAACUUAUCAAAAGAAACGAGUCAAAUUCAAAUCCACCUCCUGGGCCAUGGAAAUUACCCUUUAUUGGAAACCUUCACCAGCUAGUUCACCCUCUGCCCCAUCAUCGCCUAAGGGACUUGGCUAAGAAAUUUGGACAAUUUGGACCUGUCAUGCAACUUCAAAUUGGUGAAGUUUCCACUGUCAUUAUUUCUUCAUCAGAAGCAGCGAAAGAAGUGAUGAAAACCCAUGAAAUCAACUUUGUUGAAAGACCUCAUCUCGUAGCUGCAAGCGUCCUGUUCUACAACCGUAAAGACAUUGCAUUUGCGCCAUAUGGCGAAUAUUGGAGACAACUAUGAAAAAUUUCCGUAUUAGAACUUCUUUCUGCAAAACGUGUCCGAUCAUUCAAAUCUAUUAGGGAAGAAGAGGUAUCUAAUUUUAUUACUUCCAUUUAUUCAAAAGAGGGGUCUCCAAUCAACCUUAGUAAUUGAGGAAUGAUAUUUUCUUUAGGAAAUGAUAUCAGUAUGAGAACAAGCAUUGGUAAGAAAUGCAAAAACCAAGAAGCUUUCUUACCCAUUAUUGAGGAAUUGACAGAGGCACUUGGAGGUUUGAAUAUCAUAGAUAUAUUCCCUUCCUCCAAAUUUCUUUACAUGGUCAGUCGGGUAAGGUCUAGACUCGAAAGGAUGCACAGAGAAGCAGAUGAGAUACAUGAAAGCAUCAUCUCCGAGCGUAGAGCCAACUCCGCUUUAGCGUCAAAGAUGGGCAAGAACGAAGAGGAUGAUCUUCUUGGUGUUCUUUUGAAUCUUCAAGACCAUGGAAACCUUGAAUUCCAAUUAACAACAAGCACUAUCAAAGCAAUCAUCCUGGAAAUGUUCAGUGGUGGAGGUGACACUUCAUCAACAGCUUUAGAAUGGGCAAUGUCAGAAUUGAUAAAGAACCCGAGAGUCAUGGAAAAGGCACAAAAAGAAGUGAGACAAGUCUUCAAUGAUCUUGGAACUAUUCCUGACGAAACAAGCCUUCAUGAUUUAAAAUUCUUGAAGUUGAUUAUCAAAGAAACUCUAAGAUUACAUCCUUCUAUACCAUUAAUUCCAAGAGAGUGUAGGAAGAGAUGUAAUGUUAAUGGAUACGACAUCUACAUCAAAAGUAAAGUAUUGAUUAAUGCAUGGGCGAUUGGAAGAGAUCCCAAUUAUUGGAAUGAAACUGAGAGAUUCUAUCCAGAGAGAUUCAUCAAUGUUUCGACUGAUUUUAAGGGUAGCGACUUUGAAUUCAUCCCAUUUGGUGCUGGAAAGAGGAUGUGUCCUGGCAUGUUGUUUGCUACAGCCAACACUGAGUUUCCACUUGCGCAGAUGUUAUACCAUUUUGACUGGAAACCUGCUGGUGGAUUGAAGCCUGAAAAUCUUGACAUGACUGAGUCUUUUGGUGGCACAGUUAAGAGAAAACGAGAUCUUAAGUUGAUUCCCAUUUCAUAUCGUUCACUCGUGGGAUAAAAAUUGUUACAUUAUGUUAUGAUAUGAAAUAAAAGUUUGUAUGAUAUGUUAUGUUAUGAAAUAAAAGUUGUCUCAAUGAAAACAUUGUUUAGAACUAAUAGAAUUUCCUUCCGAUGUAAUGUAAUUUUUUAUUGGAGUGAAUUAAAAUUUUUAAACCAAGAGUUAA